AGAGGUGCCGUUACAAACACUGUAUGCUAUAUGGCGAAACCUUCCUGCUUCAGAGAGGCUCAUUGAAUCAGCACUGUCAGACAGUAGCACACGUCGAGGUAACUGCGGACUGGUACGGUGAUCUAACAACAAAGGUUGUCCAAGAUGUAACUCUACCGGCUACCUGUGGUUAAUUUCUCGAAGUUCAGAAGUACUUGAGUCCUGCUUAGAUGUACAAGAAACUGUAUAGCUGUGAUGAAGUAUUGUGACUUCAGCCAGCUAGCUGGUCUGCCCAAGGAAUGGUAGGAUACUCCUUGUAACCAUGCAGUGGGGCAUAACGGCAGCUAGGAGAAAAUAAUUAGCAGUGCUGAAAAGCUAAGAUAGGCCCAGCAAGCCACUGGUGCUCAAUAAAUGCUCAAGAAUGCCAAACAAGCCUUGAAAUGACUGGGACCGUGAACUGUAGAGAAGAUUUGUAGAGGCUGGACAUUGACAGGAUGGCACUCCAACCCUUGCAUCUGGGUGAUGAGUGGCAGAGAAUACAUCGCUGUACUCACCCACCCAGUGCUGUGCCACCUUGUGCUUCUCAAGGAUGGCCCAAGGAUUGAUGUGGAAAGUGUUGGUGACAGCAGUGGUGGUGGUUAAGGCAGAGAACAUUUCAUAUAGUGCAACCCCUGGCAUGAGGCAACUUGAAGAGUUCAUCUCCAACAACACUAAAGCAUUAUGCAUGUAUGUAAAGUGUCAGGAACCAUUUGAUGCCACAGGAUGCCAAAAGGACUCAGUCUAUCUGGAAGGGGCAGGCCAGUUUGGCUGCUGUGGUGCAUGUGUUACUUUCAAAAAAAGUGGCGAGUCAGACUGUACAGGCAGCAUUGAUCCUGCUUACAGUGGUGGCUAUGCUGCUCCCAGAGGUGCCUUGUGGUCUGACAUGAGGAAAGAUUUGGAGUGGUUUGGUGAAUCUAACAACACUGUCUUCUCCUCCUGGUGUGACUAUGGACUAGCGUGCAACUACGACAACGUAUGUGAGCCAGGAAGGGAGGCAGAGGGUGGGUGUUUGUAUGUGCGCCAACAGUAUUAUGAAGCCUUUGAAUCGGGCAGCUUUAAACCUUACCGGGAUGACUAUCGCUGGCCACCAAACUGCACACAAACGGGAGAGUAUACCACUGUGCAGUGCAAAGGACCUCCUGGGGAGGAAAGGUAUGUGUGUGUGGAUCCUGCAGGAAAUACAAUCUUCGGCAAAAUCUUCCCAUGGCAGGAGGAGCUUGUCGCCAACAUGAAUUGCAAGUGCGCAAGGCAGGUGUGGGAGCGGCAGCAGGCUGGCGAGUCCUCCAUCACACUUCACUGUAUGGAGAAUGGCAAUUAUGAAGCACUGCAGUGUGAGGACGGCUGGUGUUACUGUGUGCAUCCAGAAUCUGGUGAUCCAUAUGGCACUAUGAUACCUGAGGAAGUCAUGCACCUUCUUCCCUGCUACAACAUCACACUGGUGGGAGAGCAGUACCUUAGGAGGUGUGAAAGUAUGUAUGAAGCAGAGGAUCAGCUGACAGAGCACAUGCUGGCGAAAGGAGUACACGGCCCCACUGGUCUCUACAAGUGUGACCCUGAUGGAUCCUUCAGUGGAGAACAGUGUAUUCAUGGACAAUGCAGGUGUUAUGACAAAUACUAUGACUCAAUUCUGAAGCUUUCAUCUGGAGGUGGAUGUAACUGUGCACGAGACCAGUGGCUCUAUGACAGCCAGAAGAAUUCCCACGUCAAUCUGGAGUGUGCCACACCUGCUGGACUAGAUUCAGGGCUGUACUACCCCUACCAAUACUAUGGUGAUAUGGGUGUGUACUGUGUGGACCAAGAUGGGAUCAGAUCUAGUCCUAUGAUUUUGAGAGAAUAUGAAAAACUUCUACACUGUGAUGAAGCAGUUCGAUGCCAGAAUGGAAUAAGUGAGGGCUGUGAGAAAGCUUGUGCAAAAUAUUCACAUUCACCACAGCGUUGUGAAACAGAGCCCUGUGAUAAAACUUGGAAGACGUGUCCACCUUCUUUCUAUGUUAAGAACAUAAUUGAUCUGUAAAACAACAGGAUUUUGGAUGUCCAGCAGCACAGACACACCUGUGGGAAGUACAAGACAGAGGUAAGAAGGGAGGAUGCCAUAACAUUCAUAGUAUAAUUGAUUGGAACAUAUCUUAUGUGAAAGAUGUAUAAGUAGUGCACAUAGUUUAAACAAGAUUAUCAUGACAUUCAUAAUUUUAUAACUCGGUUUCAUGUUCACAUUUAUUUAGUGAGAAGGAAUCUAAGGUUGUCAUGACAUUCAUAAUCUUAUAACUCAGUUUCAUGUUCAUAUUUAUAGGAAUCUAAGGUUAUGAAUCAAGAGUUACUCGUAAAAGAUUUUACAUUAUGAAGACAAGUUUAAAGUUGGCCUAUGUGUGUCAUCAUCUAGUUCACUCUGUCUUCAUCAGGCUGCUAAAUUCGUGGAGUUUCAGUAAUUUAGUUUGUUGUUGGUGUCAGUUCAAAGCCUACAUAGCAGCAGUCAAUUGCAUAUUAAUUUAACAAUCUCUCUCAGCUGUCUCACUAUUCUCUUCAGUCUGUUCUAAAACUUUCAUUCAGUUUGGGCUUUAAUGGACUAGAUUAUACAGAUCAAAUUAGGUGCUUUAUAUUGAAUAAAGAUGCACCUGUACGCGUAGGCUUAAUUAUAUGAAUAGCACACAAUGUAAACGGACAACUGCAAGGACGAGAAAGUGCCAACUGGGGUAGAUUAUCCCCUCCAACCACCAUUAAUUAGCUAAGGUACUGUUUAUGUAAUUGGUUUUACUAUAAUUUCUCAGCCUAACUUUUUUAUUUAGGCUGAGAAUUAUCAAUAGUAUGUAUUGUAUUUUUUAUAUUUGAUGGACAGUAUGUAUUUUUUUUAUAUUCAUGGUGACAGUCCAUACUUUUGUGAAAAUAUUUUAUAUGACCAGUAUAUUUAUUACAAGGGACAAGAUACUUGUAGUUUUUUGUAGUUUUUUACUAAAAAAAAAAAUUAAGUUCCCUAGACUUUUUUGUAGUGAAAUUUUUAUUUCUAGACCAUUUACAUGUAAUGAAAUUGUCAGUUCUAUAAUAAAACUGAAGGGAGACAAUCUUUCAUUUAGAAGUAAUGAUGUACAUUUUUAUAUAGCUGUCAGUUCUAUAAUAAAACUGAAGGGAGA